AUGGAAAAUAAUAAAAUAUGUACUGAAUGGCAAUAUUAUACUGGCGCAUCAGCUAAUGUUGAUACAUCACUAUGUUCAGGUAAUCUUGGUUAUGAAUUUAGUAAUUCUAUCGGAUUUCUUAUAAUUCGUUUCUGUUGCCCCUAUGGUCGAGUGACUACAACCACUGUUGGACCUACAACCACUGUUGGACCUACAACCACUGUUGGAUCUGCAUCAACUGGAUGUGGUCGUGCAGCAGUUACUCCAGUGCGUACACGAAUUGUCGGUGGACAAGACGCAGUACCACACUCCUGGCCUUGGCUUGUUUCUCUUCAACGUUAUGGAAGUCAUUUUUGUGGUGGCACUUUAAUUGAUAAUCGACAUGUUUUAACUGCUGCUCAUUGUCUUCAAGAUAGAUCAAUGUUUAAUUCAGGAUUAACUGUUGUAGCUGGUCUUCAUACACGAAGUCGGUCAAAUGAACCACAAGUUCAACGUAAACAAGUUGCAAACAUAGUGAAUCAUCCAGAAUAUAAUGACGCUACAAAUGAAAAUGAUAUUGCUAUUAUUCGUUUAGCUUCACCUGUUCAACUCAAUAGUUAUGUCAAUAUUGCUUGCCUUCCAGGAAAAGAUCCUGUUUUAAACAACAAUGUUAUGAUUGCUGGUUGGGGUACAACAUCUUUUGGAGGUAGUUCACCAGAUAAACUUCGUCAAGCUAAUAUUAUUAUCAUGGAUUUAUGCAAACAAGUCUACCGUUAUGACAAUAACAAACAAUUAUGUGCCGGUAAUCAUCAAUAUUCAAAAGAUUCAUGCCAAGGUGAUUCUGGUGGUCCACUUAUGUACGAAGUUGAUGGUAAAUGGGUAGUCAGUGGUGUUGUUAGCUAUGGUGAUGAAUGUGCUAAAAUAUAUCGUCCUGGUGUUUAUGCUCGUGUUAGCUAUUAUCUACCAUGGAUUGAGAGUACCAUUGCUCGUUUAUCAGCACAAUAA